UUUUUUGACUGAGUCAUCAUCCCUAUUAUGUAUACUUACCUUUUUUAAGUAGUUUAUGUACAUAUUAUACCUUGUGCCAUAAAAGCCAAAAUAACAUAUGAAACCCAUCAACAAACGAAUGAAACAUGCCUCCAGCUAUAUUAUAAUACAGCAAAGAAAAUUGUAUUUAUUAUUAUUUGCUUUUUAUAUUGUUUUAUUUGAUUACUAACCGAAGUAUAAGCAGUAACAUAAUACACGCUAAAUGAGAAUGUUGUGCACUAAAAAACAGAUCCGAGGACAUCACAUAGCCAACCUCGACCCGUUGGAAAUAGCGAACAGCGCUUUGAUCGGUAAAAACAAACGGGAGGUGAUUCACAACAGCUACCGGUUUGGUAAGAAUUACGAGAACCUGAAGUACAGAAAGCACCAUGGUCGCUCGUUGUCUCAUACGUAGGUAGUUAUGGCGGCGAAGCAAUCUUCCUCUACAAUUUUCCAUUUGCAACAAAUAGUUAAACCACACCCACAUCAUGUCACAUUGCUGAUAUGAUGUUACGUCAAGUUACGUGGGCUUCCCCAUAUCAGAUUUUGUGCCUAGGUAACUAAUCAAUGAGGAUUUGGCUUUAAAUUAUUAACUGAUUUUAUUGUUUUGUUGUUGCAGUCGGAUUAUUUAGACUUUUUAUGAACAGAAUUUAUCAGCAAUGUUAACGCAAUGUCAUUUUGUAAAUGGAAUUUCUUUUAUUUUUAUUUGCAUUUAUUUUUAAUUUGAUGUCUGUUCGUAAAUCGAUUCGGAAGCUGGUGGCCAUAACUACAAAUUCAUAAAGAAAUGUGGAUGUAACGCACAGGUCCUCGGCUCGCACGCGCUGUUGCUCAUCUCUAUGACCAUCAAAGUAUUCACGAUAUGCACGAUACCCAUAUGGUUUAUCUAUUACUAUGAUAUUAUUUGCAUGCCUGUAUUUACUAGAUUGUAUGAAUUAGCAUGUACUUAUAUAACUACUGCAUGAAUAUAUUGUAUUUGUAUCUAUUUAAUAUCCUUUACUUAUCUUAUUAUCAUAAUAAAAAUAUAUUGCCAAUUGGUCGUGGUUUAUACAAAUAGAAAAGUAGUAUAUACGUAAUUGUUUGGCAUUGAUGAUGUGCUGUUUACUUCAUUCUCGGCGUUGGACUGUGGCCAGAGAAUUCAAAUGUGAAGUAUACAUAUGUAGCUAUAGUUAUAUGUACAACACUGUUGCACAUCAUAGAUUUUUCAUUUGUAUAUUGUACCAUCUUAUACAUAAACUUGUAAGUAUAUAUAAUUGUAAAUGUAGUGUUUUCGUAAGGGCGUUGUAAAGUGGGAUAAUGUUGGUUUGAUACAGUGAAACUAGUAAAGGGAUAUGAUAAAAUUUAAACUUGCUUCAUUGUCUGCUUUACCGGAAAGGUUCGUCUAAAUAUAUUGCAUCUUGGGUAUUAAAGGAUUUUUUCAACGUUCGUACUCUGAUUGCCUGUUGUAUGUUUUAGAUGAAGCCGAUAUGGACAGAGUUUUCAAAUUACCAUCCACUACUUUUAUUGGUGAAAAAGAGAAAGCGUUGCCGUUGAGGGAAAUCUUGAACCGUCUGGAGCAGGCUUACUGUAACAACAUCGGUAUCGAGUUCAUGUUCAUCAAUUCGUUAGAACAAUGCAACUGGAUCAGGCAGCGUAUCGAGCCCCCCAACGUUGGCAAGAUGAGCAACGACCAGAAGAGGCUGAUCCUCGCUCGUCUCACCAGAUCUGCUGGAUUCGAAAACUUCUUGGCGAAGAAAUGGUCUUCAGAGAAACGUUUCGGUCUGGAGGGUUGCGAGAUCUUGAUCCCAGCGAUGAAGCAGGUCAUCGACGUCUCCACGCGCCUCGGAGUCGAGUCUAUCAUCAUGGGCAUGCCUCACAGAGGUCGUUUGAACGUCGUCGCCAACGUGUGCCGCAAGCCCCUUCACCAGCUAUUCACACAGUUCGCCGCUCUCGAAGCUGAAGAUGACGGCUCCGGUGAUGUGAAGUACCACUUGGGUACAUACAUCGAGCGUCUGAACCGCGUGACGAACAAGAACAUCCGCUUGGCAGUAUGCGCCAAUCCAUCCCACUUGGAGGCGGUUGACCCGGUCGUACAGGGCAAGUGCCGAGCUGAGCAAUUCUACCGCGGUGACAACGAGGGCAAGAAGGUAAUGUCCCUCCUGCUGCACGGUGACGCGGCGUUCGCCGGACAGGGCGUGGUGUUCGAGACGAUGCAUCUGUCGGACCUGCCCGCCUACACCACGCACGGCACCAUACACAUCGUCGUCAACAACCAGAUCGGAUUCACCACUGACCCCAGGCACUCGCGCUCCUCUGCUUACUGUACAGACGUGGCGCGCGUGGUGAACGCUCCGAUCUUCCACGUGAACGGCGACAACCCGGAGGCCGUGAUGCACGUGUGCAACGUGGCGGCCGAGUGGCGCGCCACCUUCCACAAGGACGUCGUCAUCGACAUCGUCAGCUACCGCAGGAACGGACACAACGAGAUCGACGAGCCCAUGUUCACGCAGCCUCUCAUGUACCAGAAGAUCCACAACACUAAGCCAGUUCUGGAGAAAUACGCCGACCAGCUGAUCAGCGAGGGCGUCGUCACCGCUGCGGAAGUAAAGGACGUCAAGGACAAAUACGAGAAGAUCUGUGAGGACGCAUACACACAGGCCAAGCAGGAGACACACAUCAAGUUCAAGGACUGGCUCGACUCGCCCUGGUCUGGCUUCUUCGAGGGCAAGGACCCGCUUAAGAUGUCCCCAACUGGUGUGGUAGAAGAGACCCUGGUGCACAUUGGCAAGCGUUUCUCUUCGCCCCCUCCCAACGCGGCCGAGUUCGAGAUCCACAAGGGUCUGCUCCGUAUCCUGAAGGCGCGUAUGGCCAUGGUGGAGAACAGACAGGUAGACUGGGCGCUGGGUGAGGCCAUGGCCUUCGGAUCCCUGCUCAAGGAAGGCAUCCACGUCAGACUGUCCGGCGAGGACGUCGAGCGUGGAACUUUCUCACACAGACAUCACGUGCUCCACCACCAGAAGGUGGACAAGGCAACAUACUGCUCCCUGUGCCACCUGUACCCCGACCAGGCUCCCUACACUGUCUGCAACAGCUCACUCUCUGAAUACGCCGUGCUCGGUUUCGAGGUGGGUUACUCGAUGACAAACCCGAACGCCUUGGUACUGUGGGAGGCUCAGUUCGGAGACUUUAACAACUGCGCGCAGUGCAUCAUCGACCAGUUCAUCUGCAGCGGACAGGCCAAGUGGGUGCGACAGUCCGGACUCGUACUCUUGUUGCCUCACGGCAUGGAGGGCAUGGGCCCCGAGCACUCCUCAGCCAGGCCGGAGAGAUUCCUCCAGAUGUGCGCUGACGACCCCGACUACAUGCCCCCCGAGAGCCCCGACUAUGAAGUGCGUCAGCUCCACGACUGCAACUGGAUCGUGGCGAACUGCUCGACCCCGGCUUCGUACUUCCACAUCCUGCGACGACAGAUCGCACUUCCCUUCCGCAAGCCUCUCAUCCUUAUGACCCCCAAGUCUCUGCUGCGUCACCCCGAGGCCAAGUCCUCAUUCGAUGAAAUGAAGGAUGGCUCAAGCUUCAGAAGAGUUAUCCCCGACGAGGGCGUGGCAGCCCAAGACCCGAACUCAGUGCGCAAGCUGUCGUUCUGCACAGGCCGCGUCUACUACGACCUGCUCAAACACAGGCGCGAAAAGGGUCUUGAAAAGGACAUCGCUAUUGUCAGAGUGGAACAAAUCUCGCCGUUCCCAUACGAUCUGAUCAAGGCUGAAAUUGAGAAGUACCCGAACGCGAACAUUGUCUGGAGCCAGGAGGAACACAAGAACUCUGGCUACUGGGGCUAUGUGGAGCCACGAUUCCGCACACUCUUACAGAACCAGAAGACCGUCAGAGUAAAGCCACAAAGUGGUAACUGGUUUACUCAGCUUUUCGGCCGGGAAGAGAAGCCUGUCUCAGGCGAGGCUGAACCAGUGCCGCGUACCAUUAGCUACCACGGACGUGCUACGGCCGCGGCCCCCGCCACCGGAUCCAAGGCAGCUCACAACAAGGAGCUGAGGAACCUUCUCGAAGAGUUCUGCGUGCUAUAAGCGAUUAUUAACACACGAACAUACGCGACGGUAGAACGGAAUGGCUAGCUUAUGCUCCUAAUACACAUCUCUUAGAUAAAAAUACAAAUAGUCAGCCAUUUACGGAUCAAAACUGUCCGUGUACACUUUUAGAACGUUACAAACCAACAUACUGUUAUAGUAGACAACAUUUUUAUGCCAUAUUGAAACAAAAUCACAUUGUAACAGAAUCUAAAUACCUACGUAAUCUAUCUCGAAACGUAAUUUAUCUUUGACAUGAUCAUUUAUUUUUGUCGAACGAAAUUUAUUUUUGUAAAAUAUUAAAAUGUUAAUUUUCUCCUUACUCUCAGUAUUUUGUUGUAAUUCUCUUCAUGUUUAGGUAGAUUAGUUAGAUAAAUUAUUAUUUAUUUAUUUAAUGUAGCGUACGUGAUCUGUAGAAACUACAUAAUUUAUUUUUAUUGUAAAAGCAAUAUAACGUAGUCUCCACUUAUGAUGUUGCGUACUAGAUUAUAAUUACUUACUGAAACAAAUGGUACAUUAAUUACAAAAUGGCGAUACCUACGCUCGUUGUAUUAUUUUCAUGUACAUAAAUUUAUUAUUUUUUUAUUCGAUUAUUUUGUCAUUAACGGACUUGAAGUAAAGACGUUCCUUUUGCUAGUCUUGGGGAUACGUACAUAUAAAUGGUAAAGUUAUUAAGUAGAACAGUAAUCGCACUUGGCGAGCGAUAAAGUUUAAAAUCUCGAUUUUAUUGUGGGCCUGAGCGGGACUUCUGAUGUGUAGCGUUGACGCUCACCGUGCCCCGCGCUCACUUAUUGUGAUAUAUUUACAAAGUUAUACAUUUUACCCAUAUAAUUUUGAUAUUAAACAAACGUCCGUAUAAAUAGAGUAACUUACAUAAAUUAAUCGGAUUGCUCCGACUCGAAAUGGUGAAGUCAAAAGCGGUUAUUGAAAUUGUAAACCGAAUUAUUAAUUCAUUAAUAAGUUUUGAUUAAAAGUAUUGAAUAUAAUCUUUGGUUUCAAAUUUUAAGUACCUACUAAUACCAUUAUUUGCUGAUACGCUUAAUUAUCCUUCGCUUGCAAGUGCGAUUGUUACCAAUACAAUAGUUGUGCUUACGGCACUGUACAUGAGAUAUUAUUAGUUAGUGAGUAAAUGUAUGUCUAGUAACUAGGCACCAGUUUAAAGUAAAUUGCACCUUAGUACAUAAAAUGUAUGUAAUAGUGGUCGUUUUGGUUUGCAACCUCCCGACCCCGCGCAUAGGUUUAGUUCGCUGAUAGUUACCGCCGUUGUGAACGGCACCUUGUAAGGGAUAACACCAACAUCCAACGCUUUGUAUAAAUAAACCGACACAUACAAUUAUAUUAUCUUGUCUGUAGUCAAUCUUCGAAUGUAUGUCGUUACCUAAAAUGUACGUAGUUGUAAAGGAAAUCGUAAUUGUCUCAUAUUAGUGACAGGUACCUACUAGCCACGUGUAAAAUUAAGCUUUAUUCAAACCUAGUAUUAUGUGACAUUCAAUCUUAACUUUUAAUGCGGUUUAGCUUUCUAACACUAUUCGCAUGUGUAGGUGCAUUGUUUUAUUGUUAAAUUUAACAUAUUUUGAUGUUCACGUAUUUUCGAUAUUUUAUAGGCUCAGGACGCCAUUGAAGAAAUUCAUAUUUGAUAAUAGAUAUUCUUUUGGCAAGUACUACCUGAGUCAUUUAUUGCUAAAUGUUAGUUUGAUUUAGUUAUUUACAAUAAAUAUACUUUUAAUUGAAA